GGAGUCUGGAUGGCGCGCGCCCUCUCGCCUAUAUAUACCGGCCUCUCGCCUAUCCAGCCUCAGUCGCAGUCAAGCUUUCACCAAGCUUCAAACUAAAUUUCUGUCUUUAGUGUCUUAGUGUACAACCACCCAAAACAGACAACAUGUGUGACGACGAUGUUGCGGCUCUUGUCGUUGACAACGGUUCCGGUAUGUGCAAAGCCGGUUUCGCCGGAGACGAUGCCCCACGUGCCGUGUUCCCAUCGAUCGUGGGUCGCCCCAGGCAUCAAGGUGUCAUGGUCGGUAUGGGACAAAAAGACUCAUACGUAGGAGACGAAGCCCAAAGCAAAAGAGGUAUCCUCACUUUGAAAUACCCCAUUGAACACGGUAUCAUCACCAACUGGGAUGAUAUGGAAAAAAUCUGGCAUCACACCUUCUACAACGAAUUGCGUGUUGCCCCAGAAGAACACCCAGUUCUCUUGACCGAAGCUCCAUUGAACCCAAAAGCCAACAGAGAAAAGAUGACCCAAAUCAUGUUUGAAACCUUCAACACCCCCGCCAUGUAUGUAGCCAUCCAAGCCGUACUUUCCCUAUACGCUUCCGGUCGUACCACCGGUAUCGUUUUGGACUCCGGAGAUGGUGUCACCCACACCGUACCAAUCUACGAAGGUUACGCCUUGCCCCACGCUAUCUUGCGUUUGGACUUGGCCGGUCGUGACUUGACCGACUACUUGAUGAAAAUCUUGACCGAAAGAGGUUACUCAUUCACCACCACAGCUGAAAGAGAAAUCGUCCGUGACAUCAAAGAAAAAUUGUGCUAUGUCGCUUUGGACUUCGAACAAGAAAUGGCCACCGCCGCCGCUUCAACCUCUUUGGAAAAAUCCUACGAAUUGCCCGACGGACAAGUCAUCACCAUCGGUAACGAACGUUUCCGUUGCCCAGAAGCUCUUUUCCAACCUUCCUUCUUGGGUAUGGAAUCUUGCGGUAUCCACGAAACCGUCUACAACUCCAUCAUGAAGUGUGACGUAGACAUCAGGAAAGACUUGUACGCCAACACUGUUCUUUCCGGUGGUACCACCAUGUACCCAGGUAUUGCUGACCGUAUGCAAAAAGAAAUCACCGCUUUGGCUCCAUCUACCAUCAAGAUCAAGAUCAUCGCCCCACCAGAAAGGAAAUACUCCGUAUGGAUCGGUGGUUCCAUCUUGGCCUCUUUGUCCACCUUCCAACAGAUGUGGAUCUCCAAACAAGAAUACGACGAAUCCGGCCCUGGAAUCGUUCACCGCAAGUGCUUCUAAACAAUUCUAUAUUUAUUACAUGUUGUUUCUUUUUUUUUUUCAAAACAUCUCAAUUAUUUAUGCGACAGUGGUUGUACUAAAGACAGACUUUUUUUUACAAGAACAAACACCCUUGUAUAUAACUAUUUAACAUCUUGUAUUUUAUUAAUAAUGUAUUAAUUUUUAUUACUAUUUUAGGCAGGUCAUACAUAAUAAAAACACCCUAAUUUUUAGUAAUAAAUUGCCUUAUUUUAUUUUACCAACAUAAUUAUUAUGUAAUUUUUUUUAAUAAACUUAUAUUGGUUUAGUUAUUUUUGCUUUUAAUUCAAAAAACCCUCAAAACAAAUAGAAAAUGCAUAUAUUAAUA